AUGUCCUCUCAGCCAGAUAAUAACACUGUCUAUGACAUUAUCGUCAUUGGAGCAGGUGUCGUCGGCCCUUGUAUCGCCAAAAACAUGGCUAGACAGGGAAGGAAAGUGCUCAUCGCCGAGCGUGAAUGGAAUCUGCCUAACAGAAUUGUCGGUGAGUUGAUGCAGCCUUCUGGUUUAAAAGCUUUGAGACAGUUGGGUAUGAUUAAGGCCAUUAACGGUAUCGAGGCUAUUGAGGUUGAUGGUUACUAUAUCGAGUUUAAUGGUAAAGAAGUCACCAUCGACUAUCCAAGCAAGAACGUUGAGUCCAAAUUGAACAACACUCCUGUUCCCGGAGCCAUUAAAACUGGUGAUGAAGAUAAAGUUGGUUCGGAUUCAACCAUCAGUGCUAAGAAGUGGGAAGAGUGUCCUCAUGUUAAGGGAUGUGCAUUUCGUCACGGUGAGUUUUUGACAAACCUCCGUGACCAAUGUUUGAGUGAACCAAACGUCACCAAGUUGGAUGGAAAUGUUACUGGUCUUGUUAAAGAUGAUGAUCAGCGUGUCUGUGGUAUUAAAGUCGCCGAUAAAGGUGUGUUCAAAGGUCGUUUGAUUGUCAACUGUGACGGUAUUUAUUCCAAGUUUAGAAAGGAGAUCGGUGAGGAUUACGUGCCAACAGUGGGCUCAUAUUUCGUGGGAAUGGAGUUGAUUGAUGCCAAGAUGCCAAGACCCAAUCAUGGUCAUGUGCUCUUGGGAAAGCAUGCUCCUGUUUUGCUUUACCAGAUCUCUCCUCAUCAGAGUCGUAUCUUAUGCGCUUAUCGUUCCAAAACUUUACCUAAGCGUAACGAUGUUCUACAGUACUUGCGUGAGAAUGUUCUUCCUCAGUUGCCUAAGUCGCUCUGUCCAAGCUUCAAGGCUGCCCUUGAGAAAGAUGGUCAGGACAUUUAUAGAGCCAUGCCGAACCAAUAUUUAACAGCCAGAUUGAACAAUACUCCUGGUUUCAUCUGUAUCGGUGAUUCUCUUAAUAUGAGACAUCCUUUGACUGGUGGUGGUAUGACUGUUGGUCUUAACGAUGCUGUUAUGUUCUGUAAAAUGCUUUCUGAUGUCUCGAAUGAGGACUUGGCUGAUGAAGAGAUCGUCCUCGAGAAGAUGAUCGAUUUCCAUAACGAGCGUAAGAGCUUGGAUGUUAUUAUCAACACCUUGUCUAUUGCUUUGUACACCUUAUUUGCUGCUGAUAGUAAGUAUCUUACUAUUUUGCAAAGAGGUGUUUUUGGUUACUUCUUAAAAGGAGGUCUCUGCAUUGAAGAGCCAAUCAGCUUACUCAGUGGUUUAACUCCAAGUAUCUGGACUUUGUUUGUCAACUUCUUUGCUGUUGCUUUCUACGCUUGCCAGCUGAAUUUUAUCGCUAGAGGCAUCUUGGGCUUCCCUGUCGCUCUAUUCGAAAACAUAGGUGUCUUAAUCACGGCUGCUUUCGUUCUUUUACCUCUUUUGCUCAAGGAGAUUCUUAGCUGA